AUGCCGCGCGGCAACCAUUCACUUGCAGCCGGCACGGUCUUCCAGCAAGAUGUCGCAUCUUAUCUUUAUCUUCUGUGUCUUCCAACUCUCAACGGUCAGCUUCAUUAUUCGCAUUUCGUCCAAUAUUGCCAACAGCAGAACCUGGAGAUAUAUACUCGAGGCGACCACUCGCCGAAGCAUAAGCUGCGCAUCACUUUAUCGCAGAGAGUCUGGCAUGCAAUACAGACUAUCGUCUCAAGGCUUUCGGGCAGUGGUAUAGUUGGCACAACCACUGAGCUGGCGCUGCUUCGGGCAUUGCAAGACUGGGACAUUGGUUUCGAUGCCACCGAAGACUUUCAUCAAGUUCAGCAGUUCAGCAAUGGGUCUGAAGGCCAGAUCUUCCUCGUCGAAGGUCAAAUCAGCGAGAAUUUGUUCAUCCUCAAGCGUGUCCGAUCAAACGUCUGGAAUAUGCACUGCAGAUCCAACGAGCCACGGAUGCUUUCCUCCUACAUCAGGCCACAUCCAAGAAUCAUCAAUAUGCGCUUCGACCUUUCCGACCCUCUGGACUCCUCGCAUUGGCUGAUCUACAUGGAAUAUUGUUCAGGAGGAAGUCUAUUCGAACAGUAUAACAAGUGGAUCAUGCAUCGUCGCCAGCACAUGCCAGAGGUCUUCUUACUACAUUUCAUCAUCCAGGUCGCUGAGGCGCUUGCCUACCUUCAUUGCGGCCUCCGCUAUAUCGGUCGAGGCCAGUACACCAAGGACGCUGACCAUGCUCCAAUGAUUCAUGGCGACAUCAAGGACGAAAACAUCCUGCUCCGAUGGCCAGAGAACCCAACAGGGGGUAUGCCAGAUCUCGUGUUAGCAGACUUCGGCACCGCAAAGCUCGCUCACGAUAGGGAAGCUAGAGUCAACGCGGGAACGCCUGGCUUCAAUGCUCCAGAAGACAUAGCGAUCAUUGGUGACUGUCAGCCCUCUUUCGAGAACAUCGCAAUCUUCUUGCAGGCCGUCAACAGUCGCUCCGUCGCAGCAGAUAUGUACAGCUUCGGACUCGUUGCCUACAUGUUUGCUGCGAAGGCGAAGAAGCCAAUGCAGAUUGGGACGGAUCCGGAUACCCUCGAGAUCUCGCGAAAGUACAACACUCCUGGUCUCGUUGAGCUCAUUCGGAGCAUGCUGGCUGUUGAUCCGAGACAUCGUGCUGAGGCAUCUUUCGAUCCCAAGAAGGGCAUAUUGCCUCAGAUCCACCAGUUGCGGAAGGCUAGGGAUAGGAUUAUCGCGAAACAUGGAUCUCUGGAUCCCACUGAGUGGCUGCCGAUUAGGAAGGCCGAAUCUCCAGCGAAGACGAUGACUAGCGACGAUCGAAUUGAUUCCAAGCUGAGUGCAUACUCAUGUCGAGGUCAGCAACUACACGAAAAAGACUCCGGAGAUGCGCGUUGCGUCGAGUAUCGUGCGGAAGACUGA